AUGUGGGGAAAAGCCGAAGCUCUGGACAAAACAUUUCUCUUGAUGACUUCACCAGAAGCUGAGUUCUUGGCCUACACCGUUUGUGCGCUGGCUGGCGCAGGGAAACCGUGUCCAGCCACUAUCCAAGGAACCACCGUGUACCUCAAUGUGACCACAAGAAAUGGAGCUGAUGGAUUGAUCGAUGAAGCCUAUCCAACAGUCAAUGCAACUUCAACAACAACAACGACAACAAAAGUUCCGAACACUCAACCAGCUGAUGACGCGGACUUACAAGCUGUGGUAGAUUCAAUGAGAGCUGCUGACACAGAUCGAGCACUCGACUCCGAUUACACAUUGGAUUGGGGAAAUAAAGUUAGCGGAACGAAGGAUGUGAGCCCGAAUCCGCUCUUCAAACAACUUAAUGAAGAUGUUUUCAACAGACCAAUCUACCAGAAGCAGAUCUACAUCUACGAUCAACAAUAUUUCCAUGCGGAUACCUGCAUCCAAGAACCUGGUAUGUCUGGUUUCCGCAAAGCUGCCGUAAUGGAUUGGUUGAACACCGUUUACAAUACAACGAUCUUUCAACAAGCUUAUCGAUAUUUGUUGAAGAAAGGAAAAUGUACUGAUCAAAAUGAUUUGCAAACGAAGCUCUUCAUGCUCUGGUUCGGCACAUAUAAUCGAUGCACAUCGAAUAAGUCGAUUCUAGGGUCUUCAGGUUGGGAACAUGUGUUCUGCGGUGAAUGGAAAGAGAACACAGUUGAUGGACAUCACAGUUGGGUCAACUACUAUCGUCAAGAGAAAGCCGGACAAAUUAAUUAUUAUGGAUAUUACAGCUAUGAAAAGCAAUUGACUGGAACUUUCCAAUAUCAAUGGAGCAAAGCAUUCAAGAAAACUGGUGGAUUUUUGAUUGGAACUAGUCCAGCUUUCGACUUCUCCCUUCUCAGCAUCUGUGUCCUCACCCAUCCCAACUCGGCCAAUUGCAAGUUCACUUUGGAUGGAUUCCAUCUCGGCGUUACCUCGUACACGGAAGCUUGUGACGCGGGCACAUGUAUCUCCACCGCAUAUCCAACUGAU